GGAAACAACGGGACUUGUAUACAUGUGUAUAUUGGUGUAGCGCAUUGCAGUUGUGUCAAUAAAGAAAACGUAAUUCCAAAAAUAAAGUGUACUGGGCAUUAAAUUAAGCGAAUAAAUAUCAGACCGUGGUGGAAAACAACGUCGGGCGGAGACGGAAAUAUUACAGUUUGGAGCCAGCAGUCGACAACGGGCCAGCAACGGCCAACGUUGUGCGUCCGUACUUGCUGCAACGGUGCAGUAAGGGGGCCAAGUAGAAGCCACAGAAAUCGGUGAAAAAGGUGCGCGGACAGAGCAACAGGGAGUGUGAUGAACAUGUCCUACAUUAUUCAUAGUGCAAAUGGCGACUUAGUUAAUCUUAAUGUGGGGGGUCAGCGCUUCUCAACCUCACGGCAAACCCUUACUUGGAUUCCGGAUACAUUCUUUACGGCGCUGCUGAGUGGACGCAUUUCCAGUUUGCGCGAUGAACAUAAUGCCAUAUUCAUCGAUAGAGACCCCACACUCUUCUCCAUUAUACUCAACUAUCUACGCACCAAAGAGAUUGACAUCAAGCAUUGCGAAAUUCGGUCUUUACGUCACGAGGCGGAAUACUAUGGCAUAACUCCACUCACGAAGCGCUUGGCCUUGUGCGAGGAUCUUAAUCACUCUUCAUGUGGCGAUGUUUUGUUCUAUGGCUUUUUGACCGCACCCGCAAUGCCGCCCAAUGAUACAGUGCAGACCACUGUUGAGGGCGCAAGCUGUAGUACCGCAUUGGUAGAGCAAUGUCUACCCUCAACAUCGGCCAAUACGGCGGCUGCACGUCCGGGUUCUAUGGUACGUUUGCCUGAGUCUUCAACAUCAUCGCGACAUUCAUCUUCCCACUCACGCAACUCCUCGUGGGAUUUACGCUGUGGUCGGGCAACUAAUGCUGUGACUAGCACCAAUGCAUCUGCUGCUUCGGGUUCGUGGGCUACAGGUGGACACUCGCGCAAUGCCUCGCUGGAUUUCAUGCGACAUUCCCGCAAUUCAUCUGCAGACCUAAAUAAAGUUAUUAAAAAUGAGGUAGGCAUGGUUUUCAGUCCCACCCUCAGCUCACAUUGGAUGGAUCCAAUGCGGGUACAGAUCAUCAAGGCGCAUCAGAAUUGGAUUGCCGUUGCAUACGCGCAUUUCGUAACCUGCUAUCGUGUAAAGGACUCGACUGGUUGGCAGCAAGUAUUCACGUCACCCCACAUCGAUGCGACCAUUGAACGCAUUGCCAUUAACUCAAAAGUAAACACGUCAACGGCGGAGCCAGUGCCCAGCAAAAUGGUAGCCAUCUCAUAUGGUAGUCAGAUACGCUUGUGGAGUAUACAGGAUGGCGGCAACAAGACCGACAUAGGCACCUUUAAUCUGAAUGUUCGCGUCGAAUAUCUCUUUUUUAUUGGCAGCCAGCUAGUAGCGCUGUCAUCUUCAGGCAAAAUUGGCGUCUGGCACGCCAUGACCCAACACUGGCAAAUACAGGACUUAGUCCCAGUAUUGUCCUUUGAUUCGGCGGGCUCAUUCUUGCUGCUUGGCUGCAACAAUGGGUCCAUUUAUUACAUAGACAUGCAAAAAUUUCCGCUGCGAAUGAAGGACAAUGAUUUGCUGGUCACGGAGCUGUACAAGGACACCACAUUAGAUCCCAUUACUGCCAUAUCCGUUUACCUAACACCAAAGACGUCGAGUAUUAGCGGCAAUUGGAUAGAAAUUGCAUAUGGUACAAAGUCCGGUGCAGUGCGCAUUAUUGUGCAGCAUCCCGAAACUGCUGGCCAUGGGCCACAUCUUUUCGAGACGUUCUUCGUUCAUCAGAGUCCAGUUACCAAGGUAACGCUUUCGGAGAAAUAUCUCGUCUCAGUGUGCAGCGAGUAUCAUCAUGUACGAACCUGGAGUCUGACUCGCUUCCGUGGCAUGCUUUCUACACAGCCCGGUUCGACGCCGGAGGCCUCUUUCAAGAUAGUCUCGCUAGAGGCCACCGAAACAAACUACAGCUAUGCGGCUGGCAAUGAUUUUGGGCCCUAUGGCGAUUACGACGACAUGAUAUUUGUCCAAAAAGUAGUGCCUGAAACGGAUCAGCUGUAUGUGCGUUUAGCAUCAAACGGAGAUCGCGUCUGUGUCAUAAGAUCGGUAGACGGCUCCACCAUAUCAGCAUUCUGUGUGCACGAGUGUGAGGUAUCGUCAAGGAUGGGCUCGCGUUUCAUACUCACCGGUCAUUGCAAUGGCGCCAUUCAGAUGUGGGACCUAACCACUGCAUUGGCCCUGUUGUCUAAGGAGGAACCCCAGCAGAAAACCUCUGGCGGACCCGACACCAACGAGCUUCUCCGCCUACUUGACCAGUGUGAAAUUAGCCAUUCAUCAUGCUCGACUCCUUGUAUGUCGCCGUGUUUAUCGGCUGUGGGAAGCGGCCUGGCAGCCAGUAGCACCGCAAGCGGCUCCAUAGCGCGGAUGAAGGCUAGUAAUAUUGCGCUACUAAACCGCGAGCAACCGCUACCUCCGCCACCGCCGGUCCAGGCGCAGAACCAACAACCGCCGGCACCACCCCUGCAAGCUCACCUUCAGGUGCUUUUUCAGCAGCAACAGCAGCGGCAACAGCCACCGCCGUUGCCACAGGUGCCCGGAGCACCAGCCGCUGAUGGCCUCAAUGAAUGAAACGCGGAAGCGGCAGUUUCGGCGCUUGUCGGGCGCGUUUCAUCGUUUACAUUUCACAGGUGUAGUCUGAUCUUUGACUAUCUAUAUAUAUUUCUGCAAUUCGUGCUGUGUGCCCUCAUCUACAUUUGGGUAACACGAUUCACCAGCCUCACACUUGAAGCUGGUGAGGAUGUGGACGGCGCACCAACCUAAACAGCGAGCACACACGCGCCUGUGACUAUUCUCUAUCCAUGUCUCCCGCAAUCUAAAUGUAAUCGUUGAAUCUUCAGUAAGGGCUCGAUGGUUGGAUUGGGUACGUUAAGAAGUGCAUUAAGACUACGAAAAAGCGAUAUAUUUUUAAACUAUUUGUUUGGUUACAGCAUUUAGGGCUGAUGCUAGUUUUAUUAUAAGUGCAUUUUUCCGAUUUAUACAAUACUUUUUUCGAACAUGUCUUUUAUACGGCCUUAUUUCCAGCACAUUCAUUUAUUCCUUAAUUCCAUAUAUUUUUAACUUCUUUUCUACCUGAUUGAGAUUCCGAGAUUUAAGACCCUAAGCUUCAGCAUUCCGGCCUCUGUUUUAUGAAAAGGACUACAUUUUAUGACUAGAUGAUCUAGUUAUAACAGAGAAACAAGCAACUUAAAAAAUAAUUGUUUUAAACUUGUUUUGUAACUGAAAUUGAAGUACUCCGAAAGCUAUAUAGUACCGGUAUAGAUAUGUGUGUAUGUUUUCUUAAAUGCACUUCAUAAAAUAUAUACUAUAUAGUAUAUCAAAAAGUCAUAUAGUGUGUCGCCUAUUUCGUUCUUUUUAUGUCUUUUUGUGUGUCUCCUGAUGCCCUAUUCAAUGUAAUAAAACAUAGCUAGAUAUAUGUAUGUAUGUAUUAAAAAUAAAACGUGCGUUUGUCAAAAUUA